AUGUCUACCGCGUUACCACUAUCGAGCGACCUAUCUUCCGUGCCUUCCUCGCCUUCAGACUCUCCUUUAUCGUCACCUACAUUUCCUAGAGCUUAUCGUCCUUCUCCUAGACGAUCUCCUACAAAGACUUACCGACAGAUCAAGCGGUAUACCGGGAGGCGAAAAGCCAGGCCUUUCGACAAGGUGCGCGAAACGUUGGCCCUUUGGCGGAUACAAGGCCUCAAUUUCAAAGAGUUCAUCCGACUUUGGUUAUUAUCCGAUCGAUCUCAUGGUCAGCUGGGGAGAACUGCUAGGAUUAAGCAGUUCUGUACGGUCCUUGAAGAGCAGGAAAUACGCCAGAGCAUUGGCGAUAGCCUCGCUGGUUAUUAUAGUUGGCAACGCAUUUUUGACGAACUCGACGGUCUAUCAUCACAUCAAUAUUUCAAUACCUUCGAUCCUAAGACAUCACACGAAUGGGAUAUCGACUCUGAUGAUAUUCGAAAUGUUAUCGAGACCUAUGCACCGGAAUGGUUCGCCUUCUUGGACCUACUCCUUCGAAACUGCCGGAGUCAUGAACCGGCAAAAAGAGAGAAUCUAGGGAAGGGUAUAAUUGGGCAGAUGUACAUGAUCACCGCAGUGGCGUGCCGGAGUCGUAAACGCAAGACUUCAAACGCCUUUGCUAAGAAUCUUGGACUCUACCUGAUUUCUGGUGGGACUAAACGCAGGGUUGUUGAGACGCUCGCAGGUCUUGGACUCUGUGAUACGUACAAACAUGUUAACGAUGAGGUAUCAGAAACGUCCUCCCAGCUUGGCUAG